GUGACUGACAUUUCAAUACUCAGCGGUCGAUUACACCAUUUAUCUGAGAAAAAUAGAAUUGGUUUUUCCCAAUUCAAGUUGUUUUUCACUUAAAAUUACCGAAAAUAACAUAAAAUACAAUUGAUUCAAGUGCUAGUCACUUAAAUUGACAUUUCUCUUCACAUCUCAAGGCUCAAAUUAUCAUAAAAUUCAGUGACAAGAGAGAAGAAAAAAAUAAACUAACCAAACCAUGAACAGUUUAGGUUCGGAUUGUAAUGAACUUAAAAAACAAUACGAUGCUUGCUUCAAUGCUUGGUUCUCGGGACGUUUUCUUCAUGGAGACACUGAUGAUUCAGUGUGUUCUUCAUUGUUUAAAGUUUAUCAGGAAUGUGUUAAGAAAGCGAUGCAGGAACAUAAAAUCGAAUUCCGAGAAAUCGAAGGCGAAUACACGACCGGUGACUUCAAGUCCUCCGACAAGACCACCAGCUGACCUGAACUCCCAAGUGAAGAAGCAUCCGCUGAGGUAUCAAAGAGCAGACGGCGUGUUAGUAGUAUUUAAGAUGCAAUUUGGAAUUUAGUUUUUGUCCCAAGACACACACCCAGUUGUUGUUCGUUAUUAAUUUUAGAUAAGACACAAAAACCGUAUUUUCAAGACCCAAGUGUUGCUCACAAGCUGUUAUGUAUUUUAAAAGUUCUUUUAAACAUAAAUAAAUGUACAUACUACUUAAAAAUA